AUGUUGUCUGUACGCACAGCUUUUAGGAGUCAAGCCUGCAGGUAAGUUGAUUUCGUUUCAUGCGCGCGAUUUGUAUUGAAAGCGAUGUGAACAUGCGGCAAAAACAAAAACAAAUCACUCCUAAAAUGUUGUCCUUACGCAAUACACGUAUUAUAACUUUUUUAUAUACGUUGGAGGGUGCAGCGUUUCCGGUGCAGCUUGUUCAGUUUUCUUUCACACAUGUUUUUCAUUUUCCUUCUUGAACAUUAAUUAUCGAUCCCUAAAAAGUGACCUGACUCAGGGUUAUUUUUCUCUAAUUUGUUGUCGAGUUAAAACCAACAGUCCACUAAAUAAGGGAGUCGACAUGUACAUGUACAUGUAUGUUUAAACAUGCAUGCACAUGUCAACCUCCCUCGGCUGUUGUUUUUAAAUUUGCGUGGUUCUAUCUGUAAGCCAUCACGUAAAAACAUGUUUGAAUUUGGGGUUUAACAUUUAAGCUUUGCUCACUUGAAUGACUGCAAGUUUUGUAAACUUUAUUUUAAUAGGCUAGUUUUAUCAGUUUUAUUCAGAUUCAAACUAUUUGAAGUAAACCGUGUGUGGGACUUUUUUCUCUUUUGUUUACUUUUUAAAACUUGUCAUUAGUUUGGGUGGAGUCAGAUGUAGAUGAUCCUUAAUUUUUAAUGAUGCAGGUAAUUUUUAAUCAUUUAUUAUAUAAACAGCUCUUUAAAUGACAGUCUAUAAAGAGCUGUUAUUAUGUCCUAGAUGUUCUGUGUAUUUGACAUACAAAACAUAAUAAAACAGGACGUGAUUAGUUAAGCACAUUAGUGUAUCUGUUGUGGUUCAAUUUUAUCCUUGGUUUAAAUUUUAUUUUCCUUUGUUUUGGGGUAUAGUAAUGUAUGAUAAUGAGUUUAAAACAUGGUCAUGUGAUAAUUUUAUUGCCCGUGCCGUGUUGUUCAUGACUUAAUAUGUAGUUGCAUGCACUCAUGACUGUAGCAGGUCAUUUCUGUUGUUAAAUUUUAACUCAGUCAAAAAUAAUAGCUGUUGCAAAAAAUAAUAACUUGGUUUAUGUAUUACUUAUGAAUUGAGAUUGGUAUAGCAGUAGGGGAAAAGAGACUUUCGAAACCAACUCAUGCUACUGUAAUAUUUACACGUAGCAUGGCAAGCAUAUGAGUUGUUAAUAUGAGUAGCCUGAUGGUUUUUUUCUAAUCAACCCUUAAUAAGGUAGCUCAAUAGGGUUUUUUGAGGGCAAUAACCCCCAAGCUUGAGCAAAAACAAUGUCGCCAUUAACAAGGAUUUAGAAAAACUAACACAACACCUGUAUUUGAUAAAGGAGAAAAUUUGUUGUGAUAAGGGAUACAAUGACAUAUGAGUUGUCAUAGCAACAAAAUGACGCCAACACCUAAUUUACUUGCAGCCUUAUUUCUUGGCAGUGGGAACUGUUCUUCCAAAAUUGUUCACAGAAACUUUUUCCAUUGAUAGCCGCUUCAAUGUUCGUGAAGUUUAAGCGAAAUCUGUAAGAGCAUUAUCGAGAUAUUUUGGGAUGAAGUUUUUAUGGUUAGCAAUACAGUGAAAACUGGACAAUCUUUCUUUUCAGCAGGUGCUUUUGAAAUGCAAUUUCACCUCAUAAUAGUUUCAAUCUGUUUAAAAAUGUGUGUGAAAGAUCAUGGAUCAUUCUCAAUUUCCUGUGUCUCUUAGCCCUUAUUCUUCAUGAAUUAGGGCUAGGAGACAAAGGAAAUUGAGAAUCAACCUAAGUUAAAAAAUUUUAACCUGAAAUUUAUUUUGAUUUGUAACAUAUACAAGCGUGGAAUGGGGACAACAUUGAAUUUAACCAUGAUUGUGUUUAAAUGUAAGUUGAUUUAUUCUGUUUGUUUAAGAAUUCUUGGAGUAAGAAGCUUAUCUCUGCCUCCCAAUGAACCACCUACAAAUCUUGAGAGGAAUAGUACUGAUCUUCAAAAGUUAAAAGCAGAAAUCCAAAGAGUCCAAAAUGAAACAGUGGAGAUUCCAUGCAUCGUUGGCGGAAAGGAAGUGCUAACUGGGAACACACAUUAUCAAGUAGCAGUAAGUAGACCGCGAUUGUUGGUCCCUUUGCUACAAUCUUGGACAGAAAUGUUAAGAAAAAUGCACCUUAUAUGUCUCAUUUUCUCAUCCUUCCCUCUAAAGCCCAGUUCACUCAAGAUAUUUCCCCCUCCCCCCCACAAAAAAACAUUAUGUUUAAGUGUGGCCAGAACAUUUUUGCUCCCGACUAAACAACAAUGACCAGGGAGGGGUCACCAUGGUGCCAAAUUUGCAGGGUGGGUCCACUAUGCAUGAGAAAGUGCAACAUUCUUCUUUUGUCCAAGAUUGUAGUGAAAAAAGCCAAUAUUUCGCGAUGCUACCACUGGUUUCCCCACAAAAUGAUAUCUGACAAAUGAGCACGGAAAUUCUAUACUGAUGAUGCGUCACUUCCCCAGAUCUCAAUAGUGCUUUUGAUUGUCUGAAAAAUUGCUUCAACCAAUCAGAAGUACUUAUAACCUAGAUCUGGAUAGUGACGCAUCAUCAAUAUGGAAUUUCUGCACUGUCUUAUUUCUCAGACAUCAUUUCGUGGCAAAGCCAUUAGUGGUAUCGCAAAAUACUGGCUCUUUUCUCCGCCUAUUGAUGACUAACAUACAAUUUGUUAUUUGUUUCUACUUGUCAUUUGCUGCUGGCAAUGAAACUUCUAAAUAAAUGAUAAUAAAUUAUCAUUACUUUAUUCACAAGUUUUUGGGUGUUAAACAAUGAUUUUUUUGCCGUGAUUACUAAUAAUAUUCAUUCGUAAUCUGUGCUCAAUCCAUAGCCAUACAACCACUCCCUGAAGAUUGCAAAGUACCAUAUGGCAACCGAGGUUAGUAAAAAAACUUUUCACCUUCUUCAGGCUGUUUUUACUUCUGCUUCUUGUUUAACACCCUUGGACAUCUGUCUAUGGGAGCAAGAAGGAGUGGCUGUACUCACUAAGGUGGACUGAGUACUGUACUCAUCACAGUGCAGCCAGGAAAACCACGAACACUUGAAAUAUCUCAGUAAUGCUUAUUGUGUUACGACCAAUCACAGCAAAGAUCUAGACACGUGAACUGGCCUCAAAACCCCGAAUUAAUUAACAUCUUUGUUUGACGUUUAGGUUUCUCACGUCCAAUAAUUGGCUUUUUUCUUGUAACACAAUAACAUUCCAGAAAUAUUUCUGGUGUAUGGUUUUCCUGGUUUGACUGUAAGAUGUCAAGUUGCUGGGUAUAUGCAAUUAGUACGCAGGGAAUUGGACAUUGAACAACUAGGAAAAUAUGUUGGUUCUGUUUGUCUUUUCUUUUCUAUGAAAGUAACUGGGGGUCAUGCUCAUUAAAACCUGGGCAAACCCCUGGCCCCUGGCCCAUAGUGACUGCAUGCCCUCCUUUUUUAGUGAACUUACGCAACAGGAUGGGAGAGGAAAGAAGAAGGAAAACCUUGUGUGACGAGCGUGACAAUAAUUUUGUUUGAAAAAUAGUGUUUUGCCAAACUUCACCUUCCUUUAAACAGAUCUUUUGUAAAAGAACAGAAACUUAAAUGUUAAGUGAAGAUCACGACAAAACAGGCCAGUAAUAGCCCUGUCAUGUUUGUCACACACAAGCAUUUUGCCGUUGUCUUCUUUCUGCCGUCCUCUUGUGUAAAAUACUCACUGUUAUCACUGUCAUUUUAGGAAGUUAUUAGAGAGGCAAUUGACAGUGCAAUGGAAGCAAGGAAAGAAUGGGACAGAACACCCCACGAACACAGGGCUGCUAUUUUUCAAAAAGCAGCAGAUUUGAUCACUGGAAAAUACAGAAUACAGUCUUUGGCUGCAACUAUGGUGGGGCAGGUAUAAAGAAUGCUGUUAAACUUUGUGCAGUCAUUGUUGUUUUUAUAUUUACAUAUACACUCAGACAAGGGACCAGUGUUUCUCCCUGAAUUUUAGCUCAGCAGGUAAGGGACCAUUCAUGGCCGGUAAGGCAAGAAAUAUGUGCCACAGGCACACUUUCCUGGGAGGAGGGGGGCAGUGGAGUGAGGGACAUGGCUUUGACCUCAAUGUGAAAUUUAGGAGCUAAGUUCUCUGAAACGUCAUUCCCUCAUUUUACGACCUAUUUGAUGCAAAUCAGCUGUCAUCUUAAGAUAACAAUUUAAAACAUUUCAUUCCAGCAAAUUUACAGUCUUCAAUGCUCUCUUUCCAAAAUACGUGGCCCAUAAAGAGAAAAGCUGUGUAUACUUUAGUACACUUCGUAUAUUCAUUCAUUACAUUGAUCAGAUCAGAUCACAACUUUUGUAUUUCUUAAAACAACUAAUUUAAUUUCAGUGACCCUUCAAGCUGUUGCAAGCAGUAAGAAGUGUUGCUUCAGACGGUAAAUUUCACCGGUUACCGCCUGAUAAGGAGAACACUGAGCGACUGAUCUCAAAAGUAUAAUGAAAUGAAAGUCAAUGUAUGAUCAUGGUUUUCAGAUUGAAUUCACACCAGUAGAGUGGUUAGAUGUCUGUACAGUGCUAAUAUAUGUUAUUGUUAUAAUUACUGAGAACGUUUGGUUCUUGUUCAUAUUAUGGACAGUUAUGAUACAGAAAUUUGGCUUUUCACUUUGUUCUGAUCAAAAUCUUUCCAGGCAAAGACUGCAUUUGAGGCUGAUAUUGACUGUGUACAAGAGAUUGCUGACUUUUACAGAUUUGGAGUCCAUUAUGCCAAGGUAACUUUCUGUUCUAAGGAAACUAUAAUUCCGAAUCCAAAUCUGUUUACUUUGUGGCUUUUGUAGUUUACCAGGAAAUUCAAGAAUCUGGAUCAUACACUAAUAGUUUCUAUAGUGAACCACUUCUAUUAAAUAAUUUAUUCAGCACCAUGCUAAUGCUUAGCUUCCUUGAAGUGGUUAUCAGAGAGGUCAUAAAAAACUGAUGCUAGGACUCAUUAUUGCCAUUAGGAUGAAGUUCUAGAAUGCUUGGCAUCUGCAAUGAUAGCCUUACAAAAACUCAGGAAAAAUACAAACUAAAUCUAAAUUUGAUUAAAUUAGGAGCUUUACGAUGGACCACAGCUUCACCAGCCUCGCGGUGUAAUCAACAGACUCAUAUACAGAGGACUAGAGGUAAGAACAUUAUUUUGAAAACAGCAGAUAUUACAGUCAUGGGGGAGCGAGGGUGGUGCUCUGGUGAGAGCACUUGCCUCCCACCAAUGUCGACACCAUAUGUGGGUUGAGUUUGUUGUUGGUUCUCUCCCCUGCUCCUAGAGGUUUUUCUUUGGGUACUCGGGUUUUCCCCUCUCCUCAAAAACCAACACUUCCAAAUUCCAAUUCGAUCUGGAACGCACGGACACGUUUAAAUGAGUUCAUAUGAACUCUUAAGUGCUUCGUGGGUAAAAAAGCAAUUUUUUUUUUUUUACAGUCAUAGUUAUUUAAUAACUAUGUUACAGUGUGCAUCAUAAUGCUAUCUAAUUUCAAGUUGCAUACUUCAAGAUUGGGAUGCACAUUUAUUCUCGUAGGUAUUUUAAAAAUCCAACUCAAUUCCUGACUAACAGCAUAAUUUUCCUCAGGGUUUUGUAGCUGCCAUUUCUCCCUUCAACUUCACCGCUAUCGGAGGAAACUUGGCUGGCACUCCUGCCAUAGUGGGUAAUGUGGUGCUCUGGAAACCUGCCUCAACAUCGAUACUUUCAUGCUAUCUUGUCCAAAAGAUUUUCCAGGAAGCUGGUGUCCCUGAUGGUAAGGAAAUAAGCACACUUUAGUGAUUUUCAAUUACCUUAGCUCUUCGCCAGUGGACUCUCUUUGACUCAAGGAGGGUCUGGACAGGGCUCUUCAAUUCCUUCAUUCUGAGUAAAAUUUCUCUCGAUCGUGCCAUCCUGACAUCUCCUGUCACAUGAUUUUGUUGAAAGCCCUUUGCUUCACCAGUUCCUUGUUUGAAGACCUUACACUUGUUAACACUGGUAGUAUAUUAACAUAGCUAUUCCUCCCUCCGUAGGGGUAGUGAACUUUCUGCCUUCAGCUGGGCAAACCUUUGGUGACACCAUAACAAGUUCACCUCACCUAGCAGGAAUUAACUUCACUGGCAGUGUUGAGUAUGUUAUUUUUCAUGUUUGGCAGGGGUGGGGGGGGGGGCUGUUGCCUUGUGGGAGGUUGGACUAUAAUUUAUCAAUGACACCCCAAAGUAUUACAUUACUUUCUGGUACCUCUAAUGUCUUGUUUUAACUAAUGUUGCUUCUCAUUGUUCCUAGGACAUUCAGACAUAUAUGGAAGAAAGUUGCGGAGAACAUUGAUGUGUACAGGUAAGGGUUAAUAUUAAAUAUGUACCAUACAUUUUACAGUAUUUUACAUGGUAAGUGCCUCAAACAUAAAUUUAAACACCCUAAAAGCCAGCAAAGCAUAAUUAUCUAGUAGUUUAAUACGUUUGUCCAGCAAAGUUAUUUUUAAAACUACAACAACUGUUAUUAUUUUUUAUUGUUAUUGUUACAGAACAUUCCCAAGACUUACUGGAGGUUUGUACAAUGUACGGAGUAUGCCACGAGUACCUGCUGGAUUUAAAUGGUUUCUUUAUAGUUUUCAAUUAACUAAUAAUUCUUUGCAUUUUUUUUCUUCAACAGUCAGAACAAAUCCGAGUUCACUCAAAACGUUUUGGAAUAUUUUUUACUUUACCAGUUCACAAAAUAAAUGCAGCUACUGUUAAUAGUACCAAGUUCUUGUGUUUUACUCUCCACUUACCUCUGUACAGGAGAAAACUUUAAAAUUAGAAACUUGUUGUAAGUUUUCAAUAGUCAGUUGCAUUGUAUAUUUAAAAAUACAUGCACUAAACCCUUAGCUCUUGUGUGAAGCUAAUUGUUGCUUAUUGUUUAAGUUAUUUUGUAUUUUUUUAACACUUGCAGAAUGUGGAGGAAAAAACUUUCACUUUAUACAUACAUCUGCUGAUGUCGGUAAUGUUUCCUCAAAACAAUUCUUUAUCCUAACUUGCAAAAUUAUCUACUUACAGCUGUAUGCUAUUUCUGUAAUAUUUUCAGUCAGUACAAGUUAUUUAUUUCUGUUCUGUACACCAGACACAGCUGUUAACUGCACCAUGAGAGCGGCGUAUGGUUAUGGUGGACAAAAGUGUUCUGCUUGCUCAAGAUUAUAUGUCCCAGAGUCACUAUGGGGAAAGGUAAACUCUGAUACUAAGCUUGUUUUAUGGAAGGUCUUCCUGAAUAGUGAUUAAAGGGGCUAACAUUUUGUCAGGUUUUAUCACAGAAUAAAGUUCUUUUUCUAUCCCUUGUCAAAGACCUUGAAAGAUCAAUUCUACCUGUGAUAACACUGAAGAGCGUAAGCCCCUCUAUAGAAAUUUAACUUUCCUGGAGGUUGUAGAUACCGUAAGAGCUUACAUCCUUUUCCAAGAAUACAAUAAUAGCAAGCUUGCUUCAGAUGUGUUUUUCAGUAUUUGCCAGAGAUGGGAAUGAAGAUAAUCAAGUACUGUUGUUUUUCUUUGCUAUUCAGGUGAAAGAAGGUCUUAUUGAAAAGCAAAAGGAGAUGAAGUUAGGAUCGGUAGGUUGUAAACUUGACGUUUGUAUUUGAGACGCUUACAUGUACUUACUCAGCUCAGCUUAACGGUUGUAAAUUCUCUAUUGAGUCUCCCCCCUCCCCUCCUCUCCCCUCCUCAUUUAAUCAUAAAUGAUAGGCUGUAUCAACCUAUCACAACUGUAACACUUUAUGCAUACUUAUCUGGUAUGGUUCAUUCACAUGCUGGAGAUUCAGAUUUUUUUAUCUUCAGCUGCAACUUCAUUUGCUUGACCUUUUCCACUUUGUGCUCAAGUUUUUAUGGAGAAUUGAUACUAUAAUCUUCAUUAAACUAAAUGAGCCCCCACCUCAAACGUGCUUGAAAUAAAUAAACUAGCCCUCCCCCCCCGGGGGGGGGGGCUUAAUAGAGGAUUUACGUUAAAUUGGGAAUACGUCUUGAUCCCCUUUGCAGCCAGAGGACUUUGAUACAUUUGUGUCAGCUGUCAUAGAUGAUAAGGUACGUUUAAUAUUAUCAUGUUUUAAUAUUUUUGUAAUUUAUUUUCUGCAUAAGUAGAGUGUUUUAAAUUUUGCUCUGUUUUCUGACUUGUUUUGUCCUACUUUAGUCGUUUAGCACCAUCAAAGGUUACAUUGAUUAUGCCAAAGCAAGCCCUGACCUCAGUAUUGUAGCUGGAGGUAAUUGUGACAACAGGUAGGUUUAAAAGUAUGAAGUAAUUUCCCCAGUACUGUGUGCCUGUGAGCAAGCUCUUUACUUAUGGCGAGGAAAGCAAGUUCCGAGGAAUUACAAGCUAGGCGCGGAUCCACACCGGUUUCCACCGUUAUAUGGAAUUUCGCAUGGAAAUCGUUCAAAUUUUCAAAAUUGAUAAAUUUUAAUAAUAGAAGAAACUGUCCAAAAUGAAAUCUGGAAAAUGUUUUGGAGCCAGUGAAUAUCUUGUCUGAAUGACUCAGAAACCUAGGAAAGGAGACUUUGGGGAGUCAAAAUCCGCACCCUUAUAUUGCAAGUGUACAUGCUAGCUAGGAAGACUGUAGGCAGUCUUUCUUUUUUGUUUCACAAUAGAUCGAGAGCAGAGUCUGAACAUGUGUGAGGAGUAAGCAGCAAAGCCAUGAGGAACAAGGGCGAAAGCCCAAAGUCCCUCUCUCCGCUCCAAUCUCUCCACUUACUUAUCAUCAAUUUGCCUAAUUUUACUGUUUCGUUCGCCGCGUGUGGCUCUGAGGAAAGACGGAUGACCUCUCUCAGAUUACCACUUGUUUGAUAUCUCUGUAAUAGGUAGUUUUGCCUUGUUAUUGUAGUGUGGGAUACUUCAUUGAACCAACGAUCAUUGAAACCAAGAAACCCGACGACAAAAUCAUGAAUGAGGUAUUAGCAAUAACUUUCUUUUCAACAUUGUUUCCGUAAAAAACAGGUCUGAAACUUUCUCUUUUUCUAUUCUCCUUGUCUGGACUCUGGUGCGCGUCCAAAAUGUCUUAUAAUUACAGUGCUCUAAUUUUUUUCCUUCUGUAGGAGAUUUUUGGUCCAGUUCUUACGGUGUACGUGUAUCCAGAUGCAAAAUAUAGGGAGACGCUAGACUUGGUGAGAGACUCUAUAGUGACAACAUUCGCCCUUCAGUGUUAAACGAUAAAGUUUAAGCUGUUAAAUAACGCCGCUCCGUACAUAAUGGUAUGAAUCACGUUUCAGACAUUUGUUUCAACAUUUAUUUCACCAAGUGGUCAUGUGUGCAAAACUCUGUAAGUGUUUGGAAAAAACACGUUUCUGUUGUGUUAACUGUUACAAACGCAGCAGUUAAGCAGUGCUCGAAAAAAGUCCCGUAGUAGACGUAGUAAUAGUCCGGGUUGAGAAGAUUUCCUUGCUAGGCAACUAACUUUUACAGCGUACUUGCCCAAUGGGCAAGAGUCCAGGCUAGCCACCCUCCAACUAAAUCCCCAUUAGGCUGAUUUAGCAACAGAACGGAAAUGUCAGUUGACGAACAGUUGACAACGGGAAAGCAAGCGAAAAGGACUGAUUACGACUUCCGGUACCCAAUUUGUCGCUCUGCCAUUGGCCAAGCCUGCUUUUUCAUUUGCGCACGCCGUUGUCACUGCCGUCGCGUAGUCUAAGACAAGCAAGAUGUGGCCCCGGGCAAGUAAAAGGUGAGAGCUGCCUGCCUAAAGGACUUGCUUGAAUUCAAGUUUUUUUGAACCCCUAGACGAUUGCCUUUGGUUGAACGUUGUCUUAAAUGGGUUUUUUCAAAUUCAAUUAGGUGGAUAAAACGUCGCCAUUCGGUUUAACCGGAGCAGUCUUUGGAAAAGACAGGUAAACAGUUCUCUUUGAAAUGAAUGUAAUGAAGUGCUCGCCAGGGAGUUUAAAACUUGACUGGAUGCGUUUAUUUUGUCCCUCUUGAAUUUCAGCCGAAUAGCCUGUGUACAGACGUCCCCCUCCCCUCAGAAAACAUCGAGGAGAGAGGCGUCUGUGAAUCGUCGUCGUCCCCGAUUUUUUCUCAGGGGAGGGGUGCUUCUGUACACAGGCUUCAGCCGAAUUUCUCCACAAUGAGACAGAGUAGCCUGCGAAAACAGCCAUCUCUUUCCGCUUCUGGCCGCCAGGGACGUUUUGCCUGGGGAAUCUCUCCUGGCGAAACUUCCCUAGCGGCGAGACGGCUAUGUUCGCAGGCUAAAGACAGAGAUAUUGAGGGAUAAGAGGCCGCUUUCGGAAAUCGGCCCUUGUAGAGAGGUUAAAACCACAGUGAAUAUACCCGCCUGGACAAGGGAAGUGUCCAUUGGUAGAGGUUUGACUGCACUGCAAGUUACGGAUUACCUUUAAAAAUCCAAGGCUGCAAAUAAUUUGAUUUUCCCAAAGGACAUUUGGCUGGCCAACUGGCUACUUUGAUCGGAAAAAACAAAACUGUGGUCAAUCUAAAUCGAGUACGCAUAAGGCUUCUUCAGUGAGAACUGUGUUUGGUAGAUGCGACGUUUGCAGGUUAAGACCGAUCACGGUAUUAUUCACUGAAAUAAUGUUACUUUGUUGGUACGACAAUUCACAAUUGCUUAAGGUAUAUUUAAAUCAUUUUCAAAGUGAUAUUCAUCGAUUGGCACGAAAUUCUGUUCGACCACAUAUAUGAUUUCGUCGAAUAUGGGCCAAUUUUGUGGGACAUUGUCUGAUUAUUUGCAGCCCGUAAAAAUUGGGCGUUUCAUAAAAUUUAUGCAAUCAUUCACGAUGCAUGGACAUUAAUUUAAACGUUCUUACAGACACUUUAUUCAGGAGGCUUCUGAUGUUCUAAAAGAUGCUGCUGGUAACUUCUACAUCAACGAUAAAUCAACGGGAUCAAUUGUGGGACAGCAGCCUUUUGGAGGGGCUCGCCUGUCCGGUGAGUACAAAGACGCUAUUUGCCGAGAACAUACUUGUAUCUGCUUCCUGUUCAGAUUAUAUUGCUUCCAUUUUCGAUUUUGUUCUGUUUAGUAGGAUUAAAACCCACUGACGUUCACUGCCAAGUUUUAGUCAUUGAAAAAAAAGUUUGCUUCGCGAAGUUGUGCUAACGUUUGACUUUGUGGACGAAAUCAAACAGUGUGACCCUCUAUUUAAAUGAAAGCUACUGAGCAGCACUUUUCUGUGGUAGCUUGUGGUACUAUUUGUUAUGCCGUGCAAGGGGGCGGAGGUUGGGAGUGUCUCUCUCUAACCCGAAACGAAGCAUCUGCUACGGUUCGACAUAGGGAGAAGGAUUAAGGUGAGGAGCCCCCGGUCUUCUCCCUGAGAUUCCCUCCUUGUUGAUUGUAAUGCUCUCUAACCGGUGUUUCAUUUGCAGGUACGAACGACAAGGCCGGGAGCUCGCAUUAUAUCAUGAGAUGGGUGUCGCCGCAGAGCAUUAAGGAAACUAUGUUGCCGGUAGACGACUACAAAUACCCUCAUCAGAGCUGA